AUGGCACCAGUCUCAGCUCUUGCAAAGUACAAGCUGGUAUUCUUGGGAGACCAAUCAGUCGGUAAAACCAGCAUCAUCACUCGCUUCAUGUACGAUAAAUUCGAUAACACCUACCAGGCUACCAUUGGGAUUGAUUUUCUAUCAAAAACCAUGUAUCUCGAAGACAGAACUAUUCGUUUGCAGUUGUGGGAUACGGCUGGACAGGAAAGAUUCAGAAGCCUCAUUCCAAGUUACAUCAGAGAUUCCUCGGUUGCUGUAAUUGUAUUUGAUGUUGCAAGUCGGCAAUCUUUCCUGAACACUUCAAAAUGGAUUGAAGAGGUUCGCACUGAGAGGGGUAGCGAUGUCAUCAUUGUCCUUGUUGGGAACAAAACUGACCUUGUGGAGAAGAGGCAAGUUUCUAUAGAAGAAGGAGAAGCUAAAGCUCGUGACCUUAACGUCAUGUUUAUUGAAACUAGUGCAAAAGCUGGUUUUAAUAUCAAGCCAUUGUUCCGAAAAAUUGCUGCAGCCUUACCAGGAAUGGAGGCACUUUCUUCAACAAAGCAAGAGGAUAUGGUUGAUGUGAACCUAAAGUCUAGCAGUGGAGCUGCAUCGCAGACUCAGACUCAGAUUUCCUGUGUGCUUGAGGAACUCUUUGGUAGCACUUGA